AUGGGAGAUCGGCCGCUCUGCGGCUGCCGGCCCUUCGCCAAGGUCUACCACGCCCGCGAACCUCCAACACCGCGCGCCAGCGUCGUCAAAUGCAUCAGCAAGCUCCGCAUCGCGAAGAGUAACCUCGCAGCCAACAUCCAGCGUGAGGCCUCGAUCAUGCGCCGCCUACGCCACCCCCACGUCGUCUGCCUCCACGAGGUCCUCGCCACCCGCUCCAAGAUCUACUUCGUCAUGGAGUUCCUUAAAGGCGGCGAGCUCUUCGCUCGUGUCUCCAAUAAAGGUCGCCUCCCCGAAGACAUAUCUCGAUCAUUCUUCCAGCAGCUCAUCUCAGCCGUCGCAUUCUGCCAUUCUCGCGGAAUCUUCCAUCGGGACCUCAAGCCGGAGAACAUCCUUCUUGAUGAGUUUGGUCGGAUAAAGGUUUCCGACUUCGGGUUAUCAGCAGCGGCCGACGUUCAAGUUAGGCCCGAUGGACUCCUCCACACGUUGUGUGGGACCCCGGCAUACGUGGCUCCAGAGGUUUUGAUCAGGAAAGGGUAUGACGGAGCUAAGGUCGACAUGUGGUCGUGCGGCGUAAUCCUUUUCGUGCUCAACGCCGGGUAUCUCCCGUUUAGCGACUCGAACCUUAUGAACAUGUACCGUAAAAUCUAUCGGGGUGAAUAUAGGAUACCGAGAUGGAUGUCGCCAGAGCUGAAACAGCUCAUAUCGAGACUGCUUGAUACCAAUCCGGUGACGAGGAUCACCAUCGAAGGCAUCAUUAGCGAUCCAUGGUUUAAGAAAGGGUUGGAGGAGGAGAAGAUGAGGGCGAUGAUAAGCUUCGGCACCAACGUCGAGGAGAGGAUGAGCAAGGCCGAGCAAGAUGUCGAGCCUGACCGAGAGCUCAAUGCAUUUGACAUUAUAUCUUCAUCAUCGGGGUUCGAUCUCUCUGGAUUGUUUGAUGGAAAGGUCGAGCGGCCGGCUCGGUUCGUAUCCUAUGAGCCGACGGAUUUGAUACUUGACAAGGUUGAGGAGGUCGGGAGAAGAGAAAAGCUAGUUGUUAGAAGAAGAAAAGGGAAAGUAGGCGAGGGGCAUAGCAGCCUAGGUUAG